AUGAGUCUUGAAGAAGAGACGGAUCGCUACCAGAGACAGGACCAGCUGGUGGAAGCCGUGAAGCGUGGCGAUAUUCAUCAAUGCCAAAUAGAGUUGAAUCAAUGGACGGCACAAAGCUCAACUCCAUUCAAACCAGCGAAAGAUCUUGCACCAGUACUUGCAGCUGCUACGAGCUCGAAGAACACCCAAAUGGUCUCUUUCCUGCUGCACCAAGGUGCCCCAAUCUCUAGCUCGGACGCACUUUUCGCGUUAAGAGGCGAGGACACCGAAGCCACCAUUGCGCUGCUCCAGACCUUUCUCGACCAUGGUUGGGACAUCAAUGGCAAGACAGACAUUGGCAAAAACAUAUUAGUACAUGUCAUAGCCAAUGAGACCCUCACACGCUGGUUCCUCGCCCACGGGGCAGACGUUAACGCAAUCGGCAAGGUUGGCUCGACAAUACUCGAUGUCGCAGCCGCAAAUUCUAGUCCAGCCAUUUUCGACCUUCUUGUUCAGCACGGUGCUAGACUCGAAGACAGCGAUGCCUUACAUUCGGCAGCUGGGGCACGGGAAACCAAAGAAGGGCGCGUGGAAAUGAUGAAACAUUUGCUGGAUCUUGGGGUGUUUGAUGUUAAUGCUUUGGAAAGGAGGGAAUAUCCGCCUUCGAGACGUCGAGGAAGAGGUACGCCGUUGCAUAAUGCUGUCCUUUCUGAGGAUGUGGAGAGGUUGAGGCUAUUGCUAGCUUAUGGUACAGAUCUGGAGAGAGAAAAUACGAUGGGCGAGACGGCUGAGGAAUUUGCAGCUGAUAGAGGGUUCAAGAUAUCAGAAGCCUUCCUGAAGGACGCCGCUGCGAGUAAGGGGAGGACGGAGAAUGUCGGGGCCUGA